GCCCCAGGAGACGUUACAAAACAGAGCAUGCAUUCAUCAGGACAAAGCUAUGGAAAAUUUUUGCCAUGAGAGUUCCAUGAAGAAGAAAGCCUUCUUCCUCUUCCUUUAGUACCCUUCGUCCCCUGCCGCCAUUGUUAAGCAUCACAAGCUCAAAAGAGAGAUCCCCUGCUUCCUCUUCCCGUGAAGCCUUGGAGGUGUAGGAAUACAGAAAAUGGAGGACCAGAAGCCUGCACUGGGAAGGUUCACAUGGAAAGUCAUGAACUUCUCAAAGUUGACUGAUCAGAAGUACUACUCAGACAUAUUUGCUGUUGAUGGGUGCAAAUGUCUAUUAAGCAGGCAGAUAUUGAUUUACCCAAAGGGGAGCAGUGAGGGAUUCUUUUCGAUUUACUUAAAAGUCGCUGACCAUGAAACCUUGCCAAUCGGGUGGAGCAGAGAGGUCAGCUUUAGUUUGACUAUCAUCAAUCAGAACUGCGGGGCACAUUCGACCAAACAUGGUGGGCAAUGCAACUUCAAUCAGCAAACUUCCUGCUUAGGCUUCUCAUCAUUUAAGCAUCUCAAUGAACUUCACGAUCUCACCAAAGGGUUCUUGGUGAAUGACACCUUGGUUGUUGAGGCCGAGGUCAUAGUCAACAAGGCCACUCCUCCUGUUGGUUUUCAUCUCAGUCUACCUCAGCGCAGUCCCCAGCACGCUGCUGUCCAAGCAAAUGAGUUUGAAUCCUAUCUGACAGGUCUGGAGGAUUUCAUUAAAAGCACCACUAAGACAGGAGGGUCGAGUUCAGAUUGUAGAACUCCGAGCUCGGAAGAGGUAGAGAAGGCUAAGAAUUUAUUAAAGGAGUGCCUUUCCGACUUCUUUGAACUGAGCAUAAAGGACAAGCUGUUGGCAGCACUUGUGACCCUAAGCUCCGCUAAAAGUGGGUUAUCAUCCGAACAGAAGAGGUCUAUCCAAACAUUUUGGGCAAACUUCGAUGACUUCUUUUCAGACUACCUGACCUGCGAGGAAGACGAAUUCAGGUUUGAGCUGCAUAGGUUUGGGACCGAACAGAUGCUUUGUGCCAUGAAAAGGAACCGUGAGACCCAUGUUCUUUACAAGAAGUUGUUGGAUAACCUCAGCAAGAAUGAGGAAGAGCUCGACCGUAAACUGCAGGAAGUGAAGUCUAAGAAGCGGAAGCUCAUGUCAGACUGGAAGGUUCUCAUGACUGAGUCAGAGGAAGCAAAGCUGAGAUACACAACUCAUGAGAAGAAACUAGAGGAGGCUGAGGAAAGGAGAAGAAGAGCUGAGGAACGACGGGCUAGAUUGAACGCAGUUUGGUCGAAUCUGAAGGCACAGUUCACCUGA